CGUUGCCUGACACUCUACUCAGCUGACGUCUUUAAUUCCCUGCAUCCCGUUCAUUCGUCGAUCGACUGCUGGGGCCGUUUGUUUGUACUCAUCGUUUAUCGGACGCCAGCAUCAACCGACCAAAGCAGACAGUGCACGAGUUCACCAAAACAACUUUUAAAAAACCAAAGUGAUUGAACUACAUUCGUAAUGGAUAAUCCCGGAUUGAGUCGUGAUGUGGCCGAUAUUGAGAAUAUUUUGGCACUGAACCCGAAGAUCAAACCAUUUGCCAGUUUAGUUCCGUCUGUCGAGACCAAGAAGAUAAAAAAACAUUGGAAACGCAAUGGCGAUAAAAAUUGCCAGUCGUGCGGACCACCGGAUUUAUACCAAAACUUUGACGACAUCAAACACACGACGUUGAGCGAGCGUGCGGCCGUACGCGAAGCUGCACGAUGCCUCAAAUGUGCCGACGCCCCGUGUCAAAAGUCUUGUCCGACCCAGUUGGACGUCAAGAGUUUCAUCGGUAGUAUCUCUACCAAGAACUAUUACGGAGCAGCUAAAGCAAUUUUCUCUGAUAAUCCUCUGGGUCUCACGUGCGGAAUGGUGUGUCCGACUAGCGACCUAUGCGUGGGUGGAUGCAAUUUGUACGCGUCGGAAGAGGGGCCCAUCAACAUUGGAGGGCUACAGCAAUUCGCCACGGAGAUGUUUAAGUUAAUGAAAAUUCCGCAAAUCCACCCACCGGAUCUUGCAAUUCAAGAUCUAGGUCCCGGAUAUCGAUCGAAAAUUGCUCUCCUAGGAUGUGGCCCUGCUUCAAUCUCCUGUGCCACGUUUCUGGCCCGAAUGGGUUAUUCCGAUUUGACGAUUUUUGAAAAGAAUGAAAGCAUCGGCGGUCUCAGCUCCUCCGAAAUUCCCCAGUAUCGCCUACCUUACGAGGUUGUCGAUUUCGAAAUCGAACUGAUGAAAGAUCUGGGAGUGAAAAUCGUUCAGGGCAGAUCGCUAAGCGUUAAAGACAUAACGCUGCAGGGCUUGAAAGAGCAAGGCUACGAAGGAGUUUUUAUUGGAAUAGGUUUACCGCAAGCUAAAAGGAUCCCCAUCUUUCAAAAUUUGAAAGAACAAAUGGGUUUUUAUACUUCAAAGGAUUUCCUGCCCAAGGUUUCAGCUGCCAGCAAACCUGGAAUGUGCAAAUGCAAAUCUGCACUGCCAUCGUUGCACGGGAAUGUGAUCGUCCUCGGUGCAGGAGACACGGCCUUCGAUUGUGCCACGUCAGCUUUGCGUUGCGGUGCCAAAAGAGUAUUCGUCGUCUUCCGCAAAGGAUUCAACAACGUCCGUGCUGUGCCGGAAGAGAUGGGUUUGGCCAUUGAAGAAAAAUGCGAAUUCAUGCCUUUCUUGGCCCCAAAAGAAGUCAUUAUCAAAGGUGACCGUAUUUCUGGAAUCAAAUUCCUGCGUACUGAACAGCUGGAUGACGGAACGUGGAUAGAAGACGAAGAGCAAGAAGUCCGUUUGAAAGCGGACUGGAUCAUUUCCGCGUUCGGUUCUGGACUAGAAAAUCCGGACGUGAAAGCUGCAAUGGAGCCACUCAAGUUUAAUCGUUGGGGAUUGCCGGAAGUGGAUACACGCACAAUGCGAUCUAGUUUAGAAUGGGUGUUCUGUGGCGGAGACAUUGCCGGUGUUGCCGAGACAACCGUCGAGUCUGUUAACGAUGGCAAAACUGCCGCUUGGUACUUGCACCAAUACAUUCAGGGAUCGCACGGAUCGAUCGUUUCAUCAGAACCCAAAUUGCCCAAGUUUUACACGCCCAUUGACAUGGUUGAUAUAAGUGUGGAAAUGUGCGGACUCAAAUUUCCCAAUCCUUUUGGACUCGCUUCGGCACCGCCCACCACCACGUCGGCCAUGAUCCGCCGAGGUUUUGAAGCCGGCUGGGGAUUUGCCCUCACCAAAACCUUUUCGCUGGAUAAGGAUAUUGUAACCAAUGUGUCACCUCGUAUCGUGAGAGGUACCACUUCUGGACAUAUGUAUGGGCCUGGCCAAGGAUCUUUCCUCAAUAUCGAAUUGAUUUCGGAAAAAACUGCUGCCUAUUGGUGUCAGAGUGUCACCGAGCUCAAAGCCGAUUUUCCUAAUCACAUUUUGAUUGCCAGUAUCAUGUGCAGCUAUAAUGAAAGCGAUUGGACAGAGCUCGCGCGCAUGGCUGCCGCUGCCGGAGCUGAUGCUCUCGAGUUAAACUUAUCGUGCCCGCACGGAAUGGGAGAGCGUGGGAUGGGCUUGGCGUGCGGACAGGAUCCUGAGCUUGUGCGUAACAUUUGCCGGUGGGUAAGAGCAGCCGUCACCAUUCCGUUUUUCGCCAAAUUGACACCCAACGUCACUUCAAUAGUUGCCAUCGCAAAAGCCGCUUACGAAGGCCAGGCUGAUGGCGUGACAGCCACCAAUACAGUGUCAGGACUAAUGGGAGUGCGCAGUGAUGGAUCGGCUUGGCCAUCGAUCGGUAAAGAGCAGAAGACAACUUAUGGAGGCAUGUCAGGCAAUGCGAUCCGGCCCAUCGCUUUGAAAGCAGUGUCAGCCAUCGCAAGGGCUCUACCCGGAUUCCCCAUUUUAGCCACGGGUGGUAUCGAUUCGGCAGAUGCAGCCCUGCAGUUCCUCCAGUGCGGAGCUAGCGUUCUCCAGAUCUGUAGCUCCGUACAGAAUCAAGACUUCACCGUCGUGGAUGAUUACAUCACCGGCCUUAAAACGCUCUUGUAUCUCAAAUCCAUUGACGGACUUAAAGGAUGGGACGGCCAGAGUCCACCAACCAUUCGACACCAAGUCGGUAAACCGGUUCCCAAGGUGGAAACGGUGGUUGAUCAGCAUUUGCCGAAUUUCGGACCUUUCAUGAAGGAACGUGAGAAGAAAUUGGCCGAAUUUAAGAAAGCAGAUGAUCUGCUGGACGAGACAUAUCAACCGCAACCUCAGCGGCCACCGAACGCACCUGCUAGACCAAUUCCCGCUAUUCGUGCCAUCAUUGCUGCUGCUAUUGACCGCAUUGGAACCUAUGGCGACCUUGAUAAUAAACAACAAGUCGUUGCCAUGAUUGAUGAGGAAAUGUGUAUCAAUUGCGGUAAGUGUUACAUGACGUGUAACGAUUCCGGCUAUCAAGCCAUCGUUUUCGAUCCAGUUACCCAUCUACCGAAGGUUAAUCAGGACUGUACGGGCUGCACGCUUUGUCUCUCCGUCUGCCCUAUUAUUGAUUGUAUCACAAUGGUGCCACGGAAAACCCCGUAUAUUCCUAAACGAGGAGUUGCGCUGGGUGCAGACGCCAACCGUCGUCUGGCGAUUGCCCACUCACAGGAUUUCUAGGCAUCCAGAUACUUUCUGAUAUACUUUCGAGUUGUCGUGUCGUUUAUACUUUUGAGAUUUUUUUAUUGUUGCGAAAUCUCAAUAUGUCCUAGCUGCACCACCGAUAGUUCAAAAUUUAAACCCUGGUGUUGGGGAUCAGUUACAAUAGAUACGAUAUACAGUACAUUCAGUUUAUUUUAUAACAGUGUCUCUGUCACCUCUUGUGCGGUAGACUAGUAAAGUGGACCAACUUUCAAUGUAUGGGCUUAAGGAGCUUUCAGUAAUAAACAGUACCAAUUAACUCUA